AUGAGCAACGACACGCCCACGCCCAUCUCCGACGACCAGGUCGUGGCCCUCACAAAGUCCGCCUUCGAGCACUCCCGCCAGGACAUCAGCCACCGCGCCGCCGCAGAGACGCCCCGCGAGCUGCACCAGCAGCAGCAGCAGCAGCCCGGCAUCACCAUCGACCUGGGCCACAAAAACAUUGCCCGCCUGCCCGACGAGGUCAUCGAUGUCAUCCGCGCCGAGAUUGAAAGGCUCGCCCUCUCGCACAACCUGCUCUCGACGCUGCCCUCGCGUCUGGUCGAGUGCAGGCGCCUCCGCUACCUCAAUGUGCGCUACAAUGCCAUGCGCGAGAUCCCCGACGCCAUCCUCGAGAUGACGUCGCUGGAGAUUCUCGACGUGAGCCGCAACAAGAUCCGAUCCAUCCCCACCAAGAUUGCAAACCUGACGUCGCUCAAGGUGCUGGCCAUUGCAAAGAACAAGAUCGAGGAGCUGCCCGUGUGCCUGGGCGAGAUCAACAGCCUGCAGGUCCUCAAGCUCGACGGCAAUCCCCUCGUCUUCCCCCCGCCCGACGUGUGCACCAUCAAAGACAAUGCCCCCUCGCCCGCCAACGAGAACGAGCGAGAUGCCGUCAUAGCCACCCAGGUCAAGCGCUUCAUGCGCCAACACAUAUCCAAAGAACGCCAGCGCGUCGAGCUGGAACGCGUGCGCGUCGAGUCUUCUGGCGACGAGAGCUGGACCGAGAGCAAUCCUGAGACACCUCGCCCGUCCAAGCGAGCCAACGGGGGGCGCUUCCCCGUGCGACCCAGCAUAGGCAACAUUGAAGGCUUCUCCGACGCCAAGCCCGAUUCUCCUGGACUGGCUGCCCCGCCCAUUCCGGUUCGCUCUCACUAUCGUGUGGGGUCCACGACGAGCAAUGGCACCGGCUCUGGCAUUACCGUCACCAAGAGGCCCCCGGUCGCUCCCCUGAUCCUGACAAACGGGAACAGCGAGCGCAACCGCAGCCAGAGCGAAGGCUCAGGGCCCUCGUCGCAGCGCCAGAAGCGCAUGGGCAUCUACACCAACAAGACAUCCGACUUGGCAUCGGUGAACGAGUUGCGCCAAAGCAGCCAUUUCCGGGGCUUUAGUCAGGGCAUCUUGGUCCCUGCCAAUUCCGCUGCCAAUGGCUUCUCUGGACCGCCCAAUACGGGUGCUUACGACGACACUGGCACCGUCAGCUAUCUCUCAAAUCGUCCGCUGUCCGACGUCCGUGAACACCAUCGUGGAUCGCGUGCGCCCGAUAUCGUCGUGGAAGCUGCAAAAAACUUUCUCUACGCCAUCUCCCAACUGCAUGACUGUGUAUCGCACAUGGUGCGUUCCAUCAAGUUGACGGCCAAGACCAAGGAGGGUCUACGUCGCAAAGAAGACUUCUACCGCAGGUACUCUACCACGUACCUCAACAUUCGAGCACUGAACGAAGUCUUGCACAAAUUCGAUCGGCUAGUCGAAGCAGACGAGGAAGAAGCGCAGAAACUGUCUCGAAGCGUGUACAUGUAUGCACUAAGAUGUCUCGACUCCUUCAUGUCCAUCACUCUCUCAGUCGCCGAGAACCGCAUCGAGAUUACCCAAAAUGCGAAUGCACACAUCAUGCGAACCUUCCUGCUUCUUCAGCAAGGCAGCCUAAUCGAGAUGAGGAAUGCUUGCUCGAUACUAGGUGCACAGUUCAGAGAUACUUCUGCCGCAGCAGUCAAGCCCACCGGGGGUGACAACCUCGCGACAGUCCGUGCGCGACCGUCGAGGCCUCGUCGCUUCCCAGUAUCCCCGCCGCAGCUGCGGACCGGAUAUCAGAUGCCUCCGCCCGUCAUUCUACACAGCAAUGACAACAGUCGAUCAAACACCCUGACGAGCCUCAGCGCCGCAACGCCCCGCUCCGGAGGAUCCUUCUCGACCACGGCACCUGGCAUGACGCGAUCCAACACGCUUACCAGCAGCUUUGAUGAGACGGACGAAGACGCUCAGUUUGAUAGAAUCUACACCAAACUCCGCAACGCAUCUGAUAGCUGCAGAAACUCGAUAGCUCACAUCACGCGCAUGAUGCGAGAGCAAUUUGAUAGUCUGCGACGUGACCUCGACUCUGAAGACCCCAGAGUAAAGGCAUUGGCAAAUCUCAUUGAUAAGGCCAAUGAGGUUCAGCAGAUGGCGAACCCUCUGGCCAGCCGCCUGUCACAGAUGCAGCUCAAAGACAAUUAUACUAGAGACCAGCCCGAUUUCUGGCAGCAAUGCAUGGGCUUCAUCAAGGCCUGGCAAGAGCUUGCCGCAGCGUAUACCCAACAAGGCAGAGAGCAUAAGCUGCUCACUGGUGAGGUUAAGCAACUCAUGCGACCGUUGCAUAAGAUGGUCAAAGAAGCUAGUCUGGCUAUCAAUGACAGUCCAUGGUCGCAUCUUACAAGCAACAAUCUUGGCUUGAUGGGACCGCCGAGCCUCUCCUCAUUCACAUCACGGACACAACCACCCAAGUUUUUAAACAAGCCGAAUGGAACCAUGUCGUCGAGUGGGGGAGGGUCUUUCCCAGGCCCGAUUAAUACAUCAAUCCCUGCAAUGGCCUCAGUCUUUUCUGCACAGCCCUAUUCUACGGCGAGUUUUGGGUCACAAGGGUCGGGUGGAUACAGCACGCCAGUACCUGCAACGCCGUUGAGCGCCGCAUUAGGUGCCGCCGCUCAGGCAACUAUUCCGAAUACACCCAGGAUGCCCUCGCAAGGUUCCAACACACUCAAUGUCUUUGAACGGGCUGACCGGCUAUUGAGUCAGACAAGCCGGCGCGUAUGA